AUGGGUGAAAAACUUUUGUAUAGAACGCACCUCACUGACAGAAAGGCUAUGAAUAACAGGACCAGACCCACGCGAAUGACCGUUGGGGCGCGACUCCCCCCUGCGGCAUUCCGUCGCGUCGCGAGGUCCCGGCAGUCCACCGCCGGGUCUUCGUCCGGCCGACCGAACCGUCGUUUGGACGCCCCGCGGGCGAGGUCGAUCGCUAGACCUUCCCCGGCGUCGGCCUCCGUCGCGAUGACGGAGGCCGCGGCGGCGGCGCCGCGCGCGUCGUUGGACGCGACGAACGCCGCGGGCGGGAGCGAUGUCGUCCCGUUCGCGUUCGAGAGGCGCCGAGCGAGGCUGGACUGGCGGCUCCUGCACGCCGUGGACGUCGAUCGCAUGAUGCGCGAGGGCGACAUCGACGUCUUGGAGAGCACUCUGGAGACCGUCGCGUUCGGCGACGUCACCGUGGAGGACAACCGCAACCUGACGUCGCACAACGCGCGGAAGAUCUUACGACUGGCGCAGUGCCAAGUCGAGUACCUCCUCCACGUGCAAGAGACCCUCGUGACGCACAAAGAGAGGCUCCGCGCGGUCGCGGAAGACGCGCAGAGGGAGGCGCUCGAGGUGCGCGAGAAGCGGAGGGAGGAUAAGGCGAAGGCGAAGGCGAUUCGGUUGGAGCUGAGGCAAGCGCGGAAGGCGCUGAGGACGUACGAGCUCCUCGAGAAGAUUCGCGCGGGUACCCCCGUGGACGAGAUCUUAGCGGGGGAGAUCUUGGAGACGGCGGCGAACGCGAACGACGACGACGACGAGAACGCGGACCCCACGCGCGGCGACCGUCUGCGCGUCGGUAAGGAGCUCUUCGCCGCGGCCGUCGCGAGCGGGCAGGUUUCCAAGGGCAACAAGGCGACCGGCGAAUCGACGACGACGACGACGACGACGGCGAUGAUGAGCCCGGACGUCGCCGCCGCGAAAGCCGCCGCGCGAGCGAUGGACCAGAUGAAAGCCGAGAGGACCGCGGCGAAGCGCGCGGCGGAGCAGCAGAAGGAGCACGACGCCGCGAUGCAGCGCUUGCGCGACGAGAAGGACGCCGCCGUGAAGGCGCUGAAGGAUUCGGAGGCGGCGCACGCCGAGAAGUUGGCGGCGCGGGAAAAAACCUUCAAGGGAAAGAUCGCGGAGCUCGAGGCGAAGCUCCGCGACGCACAACGCGCGGCCGAGGACGCGACGCGGAAGUCCCACGACGCGUCGCUGAGCGUGUCGAAAGACAUCGAGCGGAUCGAGAACGAGAAGAAGCGGCAAGAGGAGCUCGCGAGGGACUUGGAACGCGUCGCGACGGAACGCGCCGACGCCGCGAGAGAAGCCGCGGAGGCGCGCGCGGAUGCCGAGAAGAAGCUCGCGAUCAUGACCGCGCACGCGGAGGCUGCGGAGAAGCGCUUGCAAGAUCUCGAGUCCGCGGACGUGACGGUCAUGGCGGAGCUCAAGGAGCGAUUGGAAGCGCGAGACGAGGAGGUUGCGUCGCUUCGAAAAUCGACGCAACAGCUCGAAGCGCAGGUCGUCGGCCUCUCCUCCAGCGCCGCGAUCGCCGCGGACCCCGCGGGCGCGGAAGCGGAGCUCGAUCGCUUGCGCGCGCUCAACGCGCAGCUCUCCGGGAGCGUCGCGGACGAGCGCGCGAAGGCGAUGGCGGCGAAAGAGGCUGAGCUCGCGGCGCGAGAGGCGGCGGCGCGAGAGGCGGAACUCAACAAGGAGCGCGUCAGAGCCGCCGCCGCGGAGCUCGAGGCGAAGCAGGCGAAGCAGCAACUCGUGGAGCAGUACGCCAAGGCGCUGAGGAAGACGUCGCCGGAGCGUAAGGCGACGAGCGAAGUCGUCGGCGCGGAGAUAAGAGCGAAGGCGCGGGAACAACAAUCGCGACGCGACGGCGACGGCGGGAGUCCGAGGAUCAGCGAGAAGGAUCUGGAUCACGACGACCUCGAGGAAGGGCCGAGCGUCGAGGAAGGGGGUGAAGGCGCGGGCGCGGGCGCGAGCGCGGCGGCGGCGGCGGCGGUGACCGCGGCGGCGAUCGCGGCCGUCGUGGCGAAGAACGAAACGGGAGGAGGAGGAGGAGGAGGAGGAGGAACAACAACAUCGCCCGGCGGCUCGGGCGGUGGUCGGGAGCAGGAUUUUAAGGAGGCUCCGUCGACGGUCGUGACGGCAUCGACGGAGCCCGAAUCCAGGGCACGAGAAGGGAGGGACGUCAGCGCGACGUCGCCGGCCGUGCCCGCCGUCCGACCAUCGCAGUCGCAGCAGAAAGGAGACGCGAACAACACGCGCACGCCCACGAAGGGCGCGAGCAAGUUCGCGUCGGCCUCGCCGAAAACGACCACACAACCACCACCUCAACAACAACAACAACAACAACAACAACAACAACAGGGCACGACGGCGUCGACCGGAAGCGACGGCGGCGGCGCGUACGACAGCGACAACUCUGUCGUCGUCCACGACACGCCGAAAGCGCCGCCGCUGCCGGUCAUUCCGUCGUUGAAAAAAAUCGACCACGUCCGCGACGAGCCGCCGCCGAUGUCCCCGCGGUCGAUAUCCAACGUCAUCGCGACGCAGGCGAAGGCGAUCGACGAGAUCGUGGCCACCGAAGGCGACGUCGCGGAGCUGAAGAAGCGCGCGGAGGACGCGGAGAGAGCGGCGAACGCGCCGGGCCUCGCCGGCGCCGACAAGGCGGCGGCGGAGCUUCGCGCAGAAGAAGCCCGCGACGCGCUCGAGGCGCUCGAGCUCGACCGCGCCGCGAAAGCGCGCGAGGCGGCGCUCGCGGUCUCGCGCGCGGCGGCGUCCGCGCCGGAGAUCCCGGAGAAGGAGAAGAAGGCGUGGCUGCGGAAGCAUCCGUACCAACCCAUCGCGCGCGCGCCCUUCGCGCUGAGCAAAUACGAGCACCACGACGAAGAGCUCUUCGACGCCGCGGAGGAGGCUGUCGUGUCGUACCUCGACGAGCAGGUCAUGGAGCAGCUGUGCGCGUUCGGCGUCGACGACGACGCGAGCGGGCUGACGGACGUGAAGUACGUGCAGAUGAUGGCGAAAGUGCGGAAGCACAGGGACGAAGAGCUCGCGGCGUUGGACGAGAGGGAGAGGGCGAAGUACGAGCUCGAGCGCGCGGCGAUUUUGGCGCACAUCGCCGCGUCGGCGCGCGUGGCGCUCGCCGCGGGGAUCGAACCGCAGACGUUGAUAUCAUCCCCGAGCCUGAAACGCGGCGCGUCGUUGUCGACGUCAGACGCGGGCGGCGGCGGGAGCGGGAGCGGGAGCGGGAGCGGGAGCGGCGCCGACGUCGUCGGGACGGAGGAGAAGCGGACGGCGGCGGGGGGGUUGGAGACCUCCGACGUCGUGAUGCGAGAGCUCGCCGUCGCCGACGCGGGGGGCGCGUUCGCCGCGAACGCGGUCGCGCAUCGCGAGACGCGAUGA